UCAAUCAUAUGCUAUUGUGGAGAUGACAAUUUAAAAUUGCGGCUUCAAUCUGUAACAGAAGGGUUCCGUGAGUUGAGAUCGGCGAUGGCCAACACUGCAAGGCCCUUUUCCAGCAGCGCCGCCGCUUUAGCUCCUCUGCGCGCGGCCAAUUCGUUCGAUAUAUCCGCCGUUUCAACUAAUCAGAUUCCUCGGCUAUCUGAGGAUCAGCUCCGUCACUGCUCCGAGGCACUCAAUUUUUUCAAGAAAAAAUUGACCUCUUUGCACACCAUCCAUAACGAAUUUCAAAUCUUACAGGAUAAUAGGAUGGGAGCUCUGGACGCGAGGAAUAAAUGCUCUAUUUCCCUCGCCUCCAUGAAUCACAGCAAGAAUCGUUACACUGAUGUUGUGCCUUUUGAUGAUAACAGGGUUGUUUUGAAGCAGCAUAAAGACUACAAACCUUCUCCUACAGGAUACAUCAAUGCAAGCUUUGUUACAACAUCUGCAAAUGUUUCUCCAUUUAUUGCAACUCAAGGUCCUCUCCCAAGAACUGCAGAAGACUUCUGGGAAAUGAUACUCCAGUAUCGUUGCCCUGCCAUAGUCAUGCUCACCGGCUUGGUUGAUCAUAGCAAUGCAGUGAAAUGUGGAGAUUAUUUCCAAGCAGAGGAUGGCCCUAGAGAGUUCGGUAACAUAAGCAUCGUUACCAAGUGGAUACAGAUGACAAAUACUUCACUAAUCUUGCGAUGCAUAGAGGUCAAAAACAGGAAGUCGGAAGAGCCACCAUUUUCUGUUUUGCACAUCCUGUAUCCUGACUGGCCGGAUUAUGGAGUUCCAAAUGAUACAGCUGCAGUUCGUGAAAUCUUCCGAAGAGCAUCUGCUGUGCCACCUAGUCUUGGACCAAUUGUGGUUCAUUGCAGUGCUGGUAUAGGUAGAACUGGAACAUACUGUGUGGUCCACAAUACAGUUCAAAGAGUUCUGCUUGGGGAUAUGACUGCUUUGGAUCUCGUUAACACUGUAACCACGUUUAGGUCUCAGCGAGUUGGAAUGGUGCAAACCCAGGAUCAAUAUGUCUUCUGCUACUACGCCAUUGUUGAUGAACUAGAAAGCCUCAUACUAAACGCACGUGCUAAUGGUGAUCGAUGCUAAGAUUUUUGCUGCAGCAAGUGAUGAAAUUCAUAAGCUAAACUGUAUGCAUAUGUCUUUUUGUUUUUUAAUUUUUUGCAAGAUACAUUCAAAAUGUUGCAUCUGCAGCAAUUCAAGAAAGUUCAUAGUCCAAUGACUUUAGGCAUAAAUAGGAAUGUCUACUGCCGCUGGCCUGAUAUGGAACAAUAUUUUUAUUUUUCC